AUGAUGCGCUUUAUGUAUUGCUUCCAUGUUCCUGAUAACUUCUUAUUUCUAUACUCUUUCUCGUCUUCGUGGCGCCCUUGGGGUGACCGGCGGCUGUACGGUGGCAGGGUGAAGCGCUUCAAUCUCAGAAGAAGAGGAUCACCAAUGACAAAGGCUGAGAUGCGGCCUCCUUUCCUGAAAUACUUCGUGCCCUUGGACCUUGCGACUCAACAUCACACAAGCCGCCUAUCUGCUUUUGGGAAUCUUUCAUUCGUACUUAUUGCAGCAGUGGUGACCUUAGCCUUUGCGGACAGGGAUGCGCUAGUGUCUUCCAGAGGCAUCCUAUACGAUAUGAAUGAGGUCCCUGACUGCGCCAUUCGCUCUAUAUACGGAACCUGGGCGAGAAAUACUUUAUUGGAAAUCUCGCUCACAUUCUUUGGGCGGGCGGUGUCUAUUCUUCAGGCCUUUCCCAAGUUUGAUGGAAGCGACAGAGCUUGCCUUCAACAAAUUCUUCUACUGAGUCCUUUACAAGUAUUUGCCCUGGCGGCUGCCAUAAUGCCCCAUAGUGCUAGGCAUGUUAUCUAUACAGUAGCUACCCUAUGCACUAGCGGCGCUACCAGUGCGCCAAAGACAGAUUUUCAUUUACUGUAUAGUGGACAAAGACUAUAUAAUCGCCUCUGGACUAAG